CUCGCCCGACUACACGCCCACCUCGCAGGCCUGCUCGAGUCCCUCCUUGUGCGUGGAGGCGAGGUGAUGGAAGUGCAAACCCCCUGCUGUUGCCAGUCCUUCACAAAGGUCGCCGUUAACGCUUUGAGCAACCUAACGCCCUGCCAGUUGAAGCCCAGUCAGUCCUCCAUUCUCAUACCCAAUCUCACGGACUACUUGGCAGGCAAGGAGGAAGUGAUUGUCAAGGUUUGUCAUGAGUGA